CUCUAGUCACGGUCCGCCGAGACGUUGCGAUUAAUUCAGAGCGUCUCGCGAUUAAGAUUUUCAAAAUGGCAGCUUCCAUUACUUUCUUUCGGUAGACCAAAAAUGAUUUGUAUAUAGAAGUAGAGUAAGGUAAAAAAAAAGAUGGGCGACAUAGACUUUGAAGAACAGCUUGAAUUGGAAAGACUUGAACAUGAACGCAAAGUCAAACUUGAGAAAGAUAAUAAAGGGGAGAGAGUUGAUCCCGAUGGAACAGUCUAUGAGUGGGACACUGAGAAGAAAGCAUGGUUUCCAAAAAUAGAUUCUGAUUUCAUAGCCCAGUACCAAAUGAACUAUGGAGAUGAAGGGGCACCAGAAGGGGAUGGUAAAAAAAGUGCUGAUGAGAAAUACUACAAUUACUACCAGAAUUAUAACGAGGCUCAGUUACAACAUCAGGAGUGGAUGAACAAGCAGAGGAAAGAGUCGCAGGCCGAGGAGGAAUCUCAUGAAGAAACUCUACAGAAACUGGAGAGCCUGGAAAACAGAAUGCAAGAACAAGGAGAUUCAUCCGAACAACAUCAUGAUUCUAAAGAAGACAUGGAGAAGUAUACAGAAGAGCAGAAGAAAGAGUACAAUGAAUAUUGGUCGUACUAUUAUAGUACAGACUAUCAUGAUUACUAUGCUGACUGUUUAGCCCAGUACGCCAGUCAGGAAUCAAGUCAGGCAGCAGGCAAGGAAGAUGAGAAGGGAAGUAAAGAGGCAGACGAUAAGAAAAAAGGAAAAAAGAGGAAAGUAAAUCCACAGCAGCAGAGUAAUGAAGGUUGGUUUAAUGUGGACGAUGAGCACAACACUAAUGUAUAUGUAUCCGGUCUUCCCCUGGAUAUAACACCAGAACAGUUUAAAGAAAUGAUGACAAAAUAUGGCCUUGUAAUGAAUGAUCCCAGAACUCGCAAACCUAAAUUGAAACUUUACCUCGAUGAGAAUGGUCAACCGAAGGGUGAUGGAAGGUGUUGUUUUAUAAAGAAAGAAUCAGUUGAUUUGGUGCUGAAUCUACUCGAUGGUUCUGAAUAUAAUGGGCACACGAUUUCUGUGACACGAGCUCAGUUCUCAAUGAAGGGUGACUUUGAUCCAAGUAAGAAGAAAAAGAAAUUGUCAAACAAAGAGAAGAGAAGGUUAAAAGAGAGACAGGCAAAAUUAUUUGACUGGAGACCAGAUAAGCCUCGUGGUGCGAGAAUGAAACAUGAGAAAGUUGUUGUUCUCAAGAAUAUGUUUGAUCCUAAAACAUUUGAGGAGAAUCCAGUGCAGAUAAAUGUGUUAUCUAGAGAUAUAAGAGUUGAAUGUGGAAAGUAUGGUGAAGUUAAAAAAGUUGUUGUCUACGAUAGACAUCCAGAUGGAGUAGCGACAGUUCACUUUAAAGAGCCGGAGGAAGCCGAUAUGUGUAUAGAAUAUAUGCAUCAACGUUACUUUGGGCAGAGGAGAGUACUAGCAGCAACAUGGGAUGGUAAUACAAAAUACGAGAUUGAGGAGACAGAAGCUGAGAGAGAAGCUAGACUGAAAAAAUGGGAGAAUUUUCUUGAAUCUGGAGAAACUGAUAACAGUUCUGAUAAAUCAAAAAAUUCCAACAAAAAUAGCGGUAUUAGUGCAGUGACUUCAACAUCUGAAACUGAUGAUAAAACUGUCAGUAUAACUGAUGAUAAAGUUGGCAAUAAAAUUGAUGAUAAAGCUGGAAAUGAAACUAAUGAUGAAAGUGUGAAUAAAGCUGAUGAAUCAUCAACUGCAGCAGAAAAAACUGAAAAUGAUAAGACACCUGAAGCGGAUGAGGUUGAAGAACAGAAAGAUAUGAAUCCUGAUGAUGAAAGUCCAUCUGAAACAGAAACUGGGUAACACCAUAUAGACAUGUUAACGAGAAAAGAAUGAAAUGAAAGAAAGUUGGAAAAAAAUACAUGUAUCUGAAUAGUAAACAGAAACUGUAGUAGCAAAGUUUGAAUGAAAUUUGAAUGGUUUGAAUUGUUUUAAGUGUAACUCAAAAUACAUUUUUGGAAGAAUCAUGUUCAUAAAUAUUGAUGGUCAUCAAGUGAUCAUCAAAUGACCCUUGCAAAGGUAAAAGGACGUCGCCCUACUUAAAUCUAGUUGGUGAGAAUUUUAUUAGGGAAAGUUUGAUGCUGCUCACAUUGCAAUAUACAGGUUCAUUAAAAACAAAAACUCAUUAAAAAUUGACCAUAAAAGAUAUAAAUCUACUAUUAAGUACAGAUUUGAAUACUAUUUAGUAUCUCUACUAUAAUAUGUAGUUUUAGCUACGGGUAUAAUACAUUUGUUUUCAUUGAUUUUGACAUAUUUUGAUAAUUGUUAGGAUGUAAAAUAAAUUCAGCAGAUCAGAAAGUGCUAAGUAUGAGGCAUUUUGUUAAUCUUACGUUCGAUUGUGUCAGUUAUUUUACUCUUAACAUUGAAAAAAUCCUGAUAAAUAUAGCAUAAUCAUGGUUAUCCAGUCAAACAAGGUCAUUGAUCCAUUUGAAAGCAAAGCUUUGCUACUAAAUAUGGAACCUGGUCAGAAUGCAGAAUUUCCUCAAAUUUUGGAUCAAUGUUGACUUUUUAGGUGGAAAAAGAGAGCAAGAAAGUCUUUACAUAACUGACAUAUAACUAAAGUGAAUUUAAUUUGACGUAUAAAAAAACAUGUUCUUUUAAGUUGAUAUGGUUUAAAUUUUGAAAAUGCAAAGAAACAUUUGUCAUAUCAGAUGGUAGAGUUGAAAAGGUGAGCCCACAUACUUUAACCUCACCCUGUUGACAUUGUCUAAUAUACUUGCCAUGCUUGAAUUUAGAACUGCACAUUUAAAGUUUUAGGGAUGUCCGUCCCAAGAUCUGAAAUGAUGCAA